GUGGGGCGGCGAAAUCUCGCGAGAGCGCGGCCGCUGCGGCAGGAGCGGCGCCGGGCGGCCGCCGCCACCCGCGACGGGCCCGUGGGGACGCUUUCCCGCAGCUCCCGGCUCUUCUCCAGCUUCCCUGCGGAGUUCUCUCAGCUGAGAGCGUGCCAGCAUGGCAGAGAAAGCCAACAACUUCCCCCCGCUGCCCAGGUUCAUCCCCCUGAAGCCAUGUUUCUACCAGGACUUCGACGCGGAGAUCCCGCCGCAGCACCGCACCAUGGCCAAGCGGCUCUACUACCUCUGGAUGUUGAACAGCAUCACCUUGGCGGUGAAUCUCGUUGGCUGCCUCGCAUGGCUGAUUGGAGGCGGCGGAGCUGUUAAUUUGGGACUGGCAAUUCUCUGGCUCAUUCUCUUUACGCCCUGCUCCUAUGUCUGCUGGUUUAGACCUAUUUACAAAGCUUUCAAGACAGACAGCUCCUUCAGCUUCAUGGCCUUCUUCUUCACCUUCAUGGCCCAGCUGGUGAUCAGCAUCAUCCAGGCCGUGGGGAUCCCUGGCUGGGGUGUCUGCGGCUGGAUUGCGGCAAUUUCCUUCUUCGGGACCAACGUGGGGUCGGCCGUGGUGAUGCUGAUCCCCACCGUCCUGUUCACGGGGAUGGCAGUCUUCUCCUUCAUCGCCCUCACUAUGGUGCACAAGUUUUACCGGGGGAGUGGCGGGAGCUUCAGCAAAGCGCAGGAGGAGUGGACCACGGGCGCCUGGAAGAACCCGCACGUGCAGCAGGCAGCGCAGAGCGCGGCGAUGGGGGCAGCGCAGGGGGCCAUGAUGCAGCACGAGACGCAGUACUCGGCCACCCCCAACUACACCUACUCCAACGAGAUGUGAGCCGCGGGGCUCCGUCCUCGGGAGGAAAGCACUGGGGGGAAGGAGAAGGAAGGCUGAGUCGAGUUCCUGCAGCUGUUUCAGAAAGCCAGAGCGAACCAUAAUCUUUCCCCAUUCUUUGUAACAGAAUCUACUUUUUUUCCCCUUUUCCCCAUCAUCACCUCGAGCUCUUUCUCUUAUUUCUCUUUCUCUUUUAUUUCUCAUUCUGAAGAGGCUGUGAGCUGACCUGCAGGACUCUUGCUGUGCGUGAUAGUACGUGUACAUUCCUGUGUCUUCUUUUCCCUGUGAAGUAGUGCACGGUGGUGAUUUUUUAAUUACUGUGGUGAUAGGUGUGUGUUAGAACUACAUCAGCCAAAAGCCCCCCCAAAAGGGAAAGAUUACAAAAUAGUGACCAGCACCCAUCUCCCCCCUAAGUAAGAGCUGAACUACAGGUUUCUGACAUGUGAGUUUUCUUUCACUUGGUAGUAUCCAGCCCUUUGCCAGUGUCUCAGCAAGGGCAAGCAAUCCUGGGAAUUCUUUUCUUCUGCUUUUUAACCAGCAGGUGGCUGAUUUAGCCAUUAAAAAAAAAAAAAGGCUGUUUUAGCUGAUUUUUAAAACAGGAGAGAGAGAGAGAACCCUUCAAUCCUGCUGUUGACAUGCUGGAAGCCAAGAGAUUCCUAAUCCAAUCCCUGGCUCAGGAUCUCCACCUUCUCUCAGCGCGUGGUGUUGUAAAUGUGUAGUUUACAUUUUGCUGUGGAAGAGCAGUAUUGUUUUUGAGUGGCUGCAGAUGAGAGCUGCUGUGUGCAUGGGUGCGUGCGUGUUGGGGAGUGAGGACAGGUUUUCUCUGGGGGGUGAGACCAGCCUGGUCCUGUAGCCUGGACCUGUUUUCUAUAGGCUUCUGUUUCAAAACUAAAACUGGCAAGAACUGGCAGAGUGUCUCUCGUGGGACCUAUUUUUGGUGCAAUCUUGCCACCCCACAUCCAACCAGCCCCGCCAAUGCUGUAAAUAAUGAGGGCAAUAUUUCUCCCUGUUGGCUCACAGCUCUUUAGGGAAGCUCUGGGCUGGUGGGAGUGACUCCUCUUUGCUCGCACUCCUAAAAAGCGCAGUGAAACUUGGCUGUCUGGCUCUAUUAGGAUCCUUUGCAAGAAUGAGUCCUCCUGGCCCACCCAAAUCCUGCCCAGUUUGGGGAGGUCGGGCUUCCAGUGAGGGGCUUGCAGGGAGGCAGCAGGGCUCAGGGCUGGUUUGUAAAUGGGAGCAAAUGGACAUUGUGGGGCAGGAGGAGGGAAAGCUCCUUCUCAGAGAUGCUUUUCAGACUCUAAAUGCACUUUAAACAACCAUUUUUUUUCCUCCAAGUCCUAGAAAAGCAGCCCAAAAGGGAAUGAACCCCUUCGGCUCCAACACCUCCUGCCCCACAGAUGCCCUAAAGAUGCUGGCACUGCAGGUGCUGUGCUCCUGCCUGCCCCCCCCAGCAGUUCAGCAGUGCCAGGAUGUGAGAUCUGCCCACGGGGAUGGCACCAAACUGGAAUUUAUAUUUUAUUUUUUUCCCAGCAAAGCACACCAAGAAUAGUUUCCUUUCUAAGAGUAUCACUUCAGUCAUUUGGCAGUAGGUAGUUGUCUCUUGACAAGACUAAAAUGCAGCUAAUGAUAAAAUGCCUGUCUGUGUAUGUGUGUAUAUAUAUGUAUAAACUGUAAGGAGAAAAGUAA